AGGGGCUUGGCAGAAAUGACAUGCCAUUAGCUGGUUAUGCUCUAUGGUGAGAGAUGAUAAGGAAAUUAAUUUGUACAGUGAGAUUGUAAUCUUUGUGUUUUUCUUGGACUCCUUCCUAGCUGCUGUGCUUUUAUCUGCUGAUAAGCACUAUGCAGUGAUUGCAGUGUGUACCUAUUUGCAUGUGGAUGUAUUUAUAAGGAGAAGGAGGUGUAGGUGAGAUGAAUCCUCAGUGUAGAUCCUGAGCUGCAUUUUCUCUGCUGGUUGCCUGUGACUGGACUCCUCCUCUGUGCAGUAACUAUGGCUAAGAUUGCCCUCUGCUUUCUGGUUGCUUUUGCAGCUCUCGCACAUUUCACUAAUGCCUAUAAGUGGAAGACAUGGAGCCUCAGUACGCAAGUGAAAAGUAUCACCUGGGAGAACUGCGAUUCAGGGAAGCUUCCAGGCACAAUCAAAAGUCUGUCCAUUACCCCUGACCCCGUCUCUAUCCCAGGAGAGGUAACCGUCUCUGUGGUAUUGAAUACAGAAGUCCCUCUGAGCUCUCCCCUCCAGAUCAAAAUCACUGCGGAGAAGGAGCUGUUCGGUGAAUGGCUGACUGCCCCCUGUAUUGAUCAUUUCGGCAGCUGUACCUACACCGAGGUCUGUGAUCUGCUGGAUGCUUUCUUUAAACCAGGACAGCAGUGCCCAGGACCCCUCCAUACCUAUGGACUUCCCUGCCACUGUCCAUUCAGAGCUGGCUCCUACAGUCUCCCAACCACCAGCUUUAAGAUACCCAGCUUUUCUCUGCCAUCAUGGCUUGCUGAGGGCAACUACAGAGUGACUGGAAUCCUAACCCACAAAAAUCAGGAAAUUGGAUGUGCCAAAUUUACUUUCUCUCUGGCCGAACCCUCCUCCUGGUGGUGGUAAGAAGGACGCCUCAUUUCACUGGAACAAAGAAGAUCUUAUCAAUCAUUUGAUUAACUCUCAUCUCUGACAAUAACAGACUCUACUUUCAGUCCUCCCUGUCCCUCUCUUCCUC